UAAUGUUAUUACCGUCGAAAAGUGACCCGUCAUCCAAAUAAAAGGUGGAAUCUUUGAGUGUAGGUGUGGAUUUGUGGCUACCGUGACCGAAUUAACUAUAAUUAGGGCUAAUUAUCAGAAGUAAAUGUCUUUCUGAAGGGAUUUUGUGCUCCAGCGAGUCACUUGUUACACUGCCGCAGUUGGUUAGCCUAGCUUUGUAGUUAGCGUAACAGUUUUCAUCCAAUUUUUGCAUGGGUGGUCUCGUAGCAGAGACACACUGGAUUCUGCGCGGUUGUUGAACUAAACAUAUGAAGAUUGUCAUUUCAAAAAUGUUGCCAGCCCUUGUUGGCUAGCUGACCAGAGUGAUGAAUAACAACUUUGUGUGCAUAGUUGUUGCUUUUGAUUUGUGUCCCCGUUGCUAGCUUUGUAAUGAAGAAGUUGAGCAGCUGAGUGACCAUGGACACUCUGUCCAGCCACAGCUCCUACCUCCUUCAGCAGCUCCAGGAGCAGAGGAUCCAGGGGUUGCUCUGUGACUGCAUGCUGGUGGUCAAAGGUGUCUGCUUCAAAGCCCACAAAAAUGUCCUGGCUGCUUUCAGCUCCUAUUUCAGGUCUUUGUUCCAAAACUCCCCCAGUCAGAAGAACGAGGUGUUCAAUCUGGUCAUUCAGGAUGUCAGUGGCAUCGGCCAAAUACUGGACUACAUGUAUACCUCCCAUCUUGACAUUAACCAAGAUAAUGUACAAGCGCUCCUAGACAUCGCUCAGUGUUUGCAGGUUCCAAACGUUCAGAGCAUGUGUAAUGCUUUCCUCAAGCCUUGUCCUCCACCGGUGGAAAUACCUUCAUUUUCUCUCCCUGGCAUGCUGGGUUCAGAGCACGACUGCCUCUUGGGGAGCAGUCUUCCUCAUGAUGUUGACCUGCAUUGUGCCUCUGAACCCCAGAGGCCUGGCUUCAGCAAUGACAUGGACAACAACAGAAGGUUGCCAGUGUCUGUGUCUAACAACAGCUCAAACUGUGACAUAGCUAGCAGCUCUCAGGCGCCAGUAGAAAAACAGCUAGUUCAUGGAUACAAGCUCCGUAACUUCUACAGUAAGCAAUACUUCAAACAAAGUGCAAUUCAGACAAACAGUGCAGCAUCAAAUCAAGGCCCAGGUCCUUUGGUUGUGGUGGAGGAUCAGCAAUGUCAGCUCGGGAUGAGCCAGGGAGGCAACAACACCCCUGUGAACUCAGGAAACACAGUUCAGCCUCACUCAUCUUGCACAUCAAUGGCAGUGGAAAAGAAUCCUGUCUCCUCUUUAACACCCUCAGAUAAUUUAAACACCCCCAGCUCUGACCCAACAGAUUCUAUGCUCAACAAGCCAGUACGCCCAAAGAAGGCUGUGUACCUAAAGAAAUAUAACUACCUCCGGUCGCAGAAGGCUCUGGAGGAGAUGUACACUGAAUCAGUCGUUGAACCUGUCCUCAGCUGUCCUAAAGAGAGCCACCAAGGGGAGUCUGUAGUCCAGACUGAUGUUCCAGAGGCUCCUGUUGAGGACAGCACUGCAGGUAGAGAGGAGGUUCCUGAGACAGCUGCAGAUGCACAACUUCCCAGUCCUCCUCCUGUUAACCAAGAGGACCAAACUCUGAAGCCUGCACCAGAUCCACCACAGCAAACAGGACACAAGCAGUAUUGCUGUGAGGUGUGUGGGAAGAUCUUCAAACAUCCGAGCAACUUGGAGCUGCACAAGCGCUCACACACUGGUGAAAAGCCUUUUCAGUGCAACAUUUGUGGGAGAAACUUUUCACAGGCUGGAAAUUUACAAACACAUUUACGACGACAUUCUGGAGAGAAACCGUACAUCUGUGAGUUAUGUGGCAAAAGCUUUACUGCAUCAGGAGAUGUCCAUCGUCACAAAGUGGUCCACACAGGGGAGAAACCACAUCUGUGUGAUAUAUGUGGUCGAGGAUUUAACAACUUGAGCAAUCUAAAGGAGCACAAGAGGACUCACGCAACAGACAAAACCUUCACCUGUGACCAGUGUGGAAAGUCCUUCAACACACACAGAAAGCUUCUGAAGCACAAAGCUCGGCAUGUUGGGGAGAAACCACACAGCUGUGCCACCUGUGGGAAGUGUUUCAUUGGCUCAGGAGACCUGCAGCGUCACAUCCGGUCACACACUGGUGAGAAACCCUACGUCUGUAAUACCUGCGGAAAGAGUUUUACCCGGUCAGCCAUGUUGAGGAGACAUAGCAACAUGCACUGCAAGGGGCCUCCGGUCGACAGCCCGGCCACCGUCAACUCUGAGCAGACACAUGACUCAGAAGGAGCAGCCUCAUUUCCUGAACCUGUGAGCCACAGUAAACCUCCUGCUGCCACCACUGAGCAGCAUUUCUCCACUCUGAUGCCCCACGCAGGGUUCGAGAAACCCUCAUCACCUACUCCUUCAUCACCACAAGAAGCACCACAUAUAGAGACUCCACCUUCCAGUAUGCACCUCAGCUCAGCAUCUACUCCACUUCCAGAGCUGCGCUCCCUGGUUCCCCCUCACCUCCUCUCAUCCAGCCACCAGGACAGAAGUGCAGCCCCACCCACCUCAGACCGUAUGAAGCUGACCAAACCACACCUGUCUCAGGAAGCUGUGUAUGGUCCAUAUGUGGAGAAUGGGAAUAUGUCAGUGGAGAUGGGCAGAAGCCUGGUGGGGAGGCCCUACCUGCCCCCCACAGACAAUCACUGCAGCACACUCACAGGGUCUGGUAGACCGUAUAGGUCCAGUGAAGGACAGUUUAUCUCCAGCGUAACUCUGUGGGGUCUGGCAAUGAAAACUCUGCAGAAUGAUAAUGACAUGGAUUAGUAAAAUGGUCCAUCUUCCAUCAACAUGGCCACGUCGAGGGUGGGAUUCUCACCAAUGUUUACUCUGUUGCUGAAUUAGAGUUUUACCACCUGGGUCAUGAUUGGUUACAACUGACUUGAAUCACAGGACUGGUAGCUCGUAGCAAGAAGCAAGCUUAAAAUAGUAAUAACAUGAAUUAUUCUUAACUGAAAAUGUGUGUUUUUUUGUUUAGAGUUGCUUUUGUUCAAAUUAAAGUAAGCGCUUCCCAGUUGUAGUAAUGAAAUGAUUACAUCUUCUCAUAGAGUUAAAAAUCACUGUUCUGCUGCGGUUGUGGUCAAAUAUUUUUUAUUUGCUUUGCAAAGCUCCUAACAGAAUGACAUGACCCGAAGACAGUAGCAGCCAUGUCACUGCUGCUCACAUUUUGUAAAUGCUAAGGAAAGGUGCUUCAGAGCUUCCAUUCUUAUCUCCUUUAGCACAUUAUACACUGUACCAUCCCUUACAAUUCCUCACGGCAGCAACUUUCAUAUAAUUGUGUAGCCUACAGUAAGCGCAGUUGGAUUCUCUUGGCAGCACGUUUGUCUUUUUUCUGCGUCCUCAUGAAUUCUCUUUCGCUUCUUUCCUUUACCUCAUGAAGAUUUCCAUCGAUGUUAAUGAACAUUUUUUUUAAAUGUGAAUUUUUUUGAAUAUCUGACUUCAACCCGUGAUCCUCUUCAGGCCACAGUUUAGUCAGUUUUAUCACAGCAGGUGUUUAUGCUGUAUUCAGUGUUCCUCAGAAGACGGGAGUCAAACCUCAACAUUACUUUGAGCCUCUGCAUAUUUGAUGUACAAAGUGGGAAAAGACCAUCGUGGAUUCCAGGUUUUGUUUGUUCCUUUUCUACGAACAGCAAACACUCGUCAACAGACAUGUAGUUCACUUAGCUGAAGCAGCUGAAGGUCUUAGGUACACGAUAGGUACAUUGUCUAGUGUUUUAGACAUAUAAACUUUAAACUCAUUUAAAGUAGAUAAGUCGUAUUUACUGUCAGUUUACCAUGAGUUGGAUAUUGGGAAUUCUGGUUUCCGAGUUUCCCUUAAUGCAGCAUUAGGGCACCUGCUGUGAAGUCACUGAUUAAGGUAUGGCUUAUUCAGCAACAGCACAAAGCUUGAACGUUAUUGCCAGCAGAGAACAACACAGAAGCAGCAAUUUUCAGUCUUCUGUGGUUCAGUGUGGAUUCACCCUUUAAAGUUCCAGCUCUGAACAUCCCAAGAUGCAUCACAGCUAAAUAAAAAGCCACAUUUUUUCCCAUAAUGUAUAUACUGCACUGCACUUUAAGGUGUAAAAAUUUCAAUUUAUUUUCAACUAUCAAUGUGAGAUUUGAAUGUAUUAUAUUCAUAUAAGAAUAAAAGGACUCUCUUGUA